UUUUUUUUUUUGGAGGGGAGUUGAGUUCGUUCGACACAAAGGUGGGGGGAAAAAACGAGGCAAAACAUUUCGAUGGAUAAACCAGCGUCAUUAAGCCAGCUAAUUUUUUAAAUAAUAUAUAUAUAUAUAGCUUGCUCUCAUUCGACAUGUCUGAAAGAAGACUCGCGAAGUUUUCAGAAGUGGAGCAGGACCCCGGAGACAUCCAUAGGAUUCAUGCCGUAAUGGAUUUUGUUAGAGGGAAGUCUCACGGGCUAAACAUUGGAUAUCUUGGUUUGGAUUUUGUAACCCAUGAAUAUUGCUCGGGUGGAGACUUUUAUGACAGUGACUAUGAAGAUCACCAUGGUAGAAAGUCAUACUGUGGAUUUUCCAGAAACUUCUUAUCCAACUCAAGUUCUUCAUACCAACCCACCUCUCUGCAUUACAAUCAACCACCUAAAGCAGCCUCUAAACCAUCUCCAGAUCAUCCUGCAGUGAGAGCUCUUGAGGCAUUGAAAGAGUACCGAAAGAGCAAACUCAAGGCUGAAAAGAAGAAGAUUAAGAAAAUUAAACAAAAAGAAAGAAGACUGCUUGAGAAGUUGGAGAAAGAAAAACAGAACCCAGUGACAGAAGUCAAGCUUGAAGCAGAGAGUAAAGUAAAUGAAAGUGAGUGUAACAAGACUAGUACCAGCGCUGAAGGGGCUCUCGCUCAGGGCCUGCAGGACUUGUCUGUUACUGAUAGCGGAGACAGCAGCGGGGAGUCCAGCGACGCCGGGGAGGAGAGUGAAGAGGAGAGCAUACACAGCAACUCGGAGGAACUGCAGCUGGAUAUGACCAGCAGUUUUGUAUCCAAGGCUGCUGAUAUAGCAAAGCGUCAACUUGAACAGAAGCCUAGGCCAGAAUGGAAGGAGAAAAAGAAAACCAGUCAACCGAAGGAGAAACCAAAUAAAGAAACGAAAGAUGUACAAAAGAAUUCUCCUGUACCCAACACUGAGGAUAUAGUUAAAAAGAGUACAGAGCUGGCUGUAAUUGGUAAUCAGUUUGCCAGCAGUGGACAUUUUGACAUGGCUGUUAAGUAUUUUACGGAUGCAAUUAAGUACAACCCUGCAGAGUUUAGGCUGUUUGGCAACCGGUCCUUCUGUUAUGAGAAGAUCCAGGACUAUGAGAAAGCCUUGGCUGAUGCGGAGUUAGCCCUCAACAUGAGUCCAGGCUGGGUCAAAGGCCUCUACAGAAAAGGCAGAGCUCUGGCAGGGUUGAAGAGAUACGAUGAAGCCGCCCAGGCCUUAAAGGAAGUGCUGCGGUUGGACAGCUCCUGCGCCGAUGCCGCCCAGGAACUUAUGAGGGUCCAGAUAACACAACUAAUGGGGUUUGGCUUUUCCCGGGAACAGUGCUCAAAUGCCUUAAUAAUUCACGGGAACGUGGAGAAAUCACUUGAGGCACUGUCCAAAAUAUCUGGAAUCCUCUAUAAUGGCAGUUAUCCAACUGCAAGUGUUACCUAUCCUGCCAAAGUGGACUGUGUCUACAGCACCUCUACAACAUCAGAGUUCCCCUCAGCCCCAAAACCUCAUCAGGCCCAGCAUUCACAAAGCCUUCAGAACAGACCCAAGACCAACACCCCCAUAAGGACCAUGUCGGAAAACUUUCCUGUAGAAACUAAAUUAUACCCUAUUUGGGUUGGAAACUUGGUCCCUUCAGCAACGGAGGCUAUGAUUAUAGAGAGAUUUGAGGGAGCUGGGAAAAUCCAUAGUAUUAAACUUCUGCGCUCCAGACGAUGUGCUUUCGUUAACUACUUGGACCCAGACUGUUGUGAGAUUGCUUUGACUUUUCAUGGGAUGGAGCUCAAUGGGUCCAAGAUCUUAGUGCGCUACCCCGACAGGAACCCAACAAACCUGGGCAUAGCCAAGGACGCCCAGAAAGCUCACGACCUGCCUUCCCAUAGCACAAAGGAGUGCUUCUUCUGGAGGAACCUGGGCUGCAACAGGAGGCCAAACUGCCCCUACAGGCACAUCCCAGAACACCAUGGUGUUGACAAGGGCAAGACCUCGGCCCAGUGAACCCGUCAACUUCGACUGGCCCACAGUCAAAAUCAUGACUUAGCGCUGCUGAAGAGGCUACUCAUUCGGGAUUUUAGAUGGUUCAUAUUAUGCUUUGAAGCAGUGAUUCCCAAACAGUACACACAAUUUUGUAUUGAGGCUAUUUCCUAGCUGGAAUUAAAAGGCUUUUAGAGGCCAAAAAUGUUUGGUUUUUUUACUGUUUAUUUUUAAGAUGUAAAUUGGUCAAGAAAUUUAGGUGUUUUUAGAACAGACAAUCUUGUUUGGCACCUUUUUUCCCCCCUACCCUGUCUACACCAAAUGUUAGCUCUUGCUAAAGCCCAUAUGAUGGAUCAUAUUAGAGAAAUGUCACUAAUGACAUUGACUUAUCAUUGUAGUCAGUGAUUUUCUCUGUUGCCUGCUAAUGAUGAAUGUUGGUUCAUAUAAACGUAUGUUGGGAUCGUGUCACAGCUAAUAAGUAAAGUAAUUCUGCGUUAACUGGUACAAAUAAUUCCCUGACACUUUUAUUUUAUUUUUCUUCAUAUUCCUGUAAUUGCGGUCUUCUAGUCUCAUAGUUUCAAUGUAACUUCAACCCCCCAAAAAAAAAGAAAUGAACUACUUUGCAUCAACGUGGAAAACUGAGUUCAUUGGCAUAAUCUCGUCACUGUAGGGCAUUUUUUUUUUUUUUUUUUUUUUUUUUAAAUCACUCUAAAUUUAAUGACAUGGUGAUUUCACGUAGAAUGUGUUGUUUGACAACUGAUAUCUGGUAAAUCAAAACUAGACAUUGAACUGACAUCUGUGCCCAGUGGCUAGUAGUUUCAAAUGUUAUAUUUUUCUUUUGUACUGAUCAGUAAACCUGGCGGUCUAUGGUGAAAAUGUAACAUUACAAAAAAAAUCUUCAUUUGAACGUCUUCGGUUGAAUUGGUUCAAUAAAUUACAUCUCGCUUGGUCA